CGUCAUCGCAGAUUAGUCACAUCCGGGUGAGCAUUUUGAGAUCCGUGGACGUGUUUACUUUGAAGCUGUUGGCUCUUGGUCUUCAGGAUGUACGGAUCCUUCCGGGUGCUGCUGCAGGUCCUGUGGGCCCUGCUGCUUUGGGGCUGGGUGCUGGGCUCCGAGCUCACCUUUGAGCUGCCGGACAACGCCAAGCAGUGUUUCUACGAGGACAUCACCAUCGGUACCAAGUGUACACUGGAGUUCCAGGUGGUGACGGGCGGUCACUAUGAUGUGGACUGUCGUUUGGAAGACCCAGAUGGCAACACACUCUACAAGGAGAUGAAAAAGCAAUAUGACAGCUUUACCUUCACUGCUUCCAGGAAUGGCACCUACAAGUUCUGCUUUAGUAAUGAGUUCUCCACCUUCACGCACAAGACGGUGUAUUUUGACUUUCAGGUCGGGGAUGAUCCUCCACUUUUCCCCAAUGAGAACAGAGUCACUGCUCUCACCCAGAUGGAAUCAGCCUGUGUGUCUAUCCACGAGGCCCUGAAGUCAGUCAUCGACUACCAGACACAUUUCCGCCUCCGUGAGGCUCAGGGUCGCAGUCGGGCAGAGGACCUCAACACUCGUGUUGCAUUCUGGUCCAUUGGAGAAGCCAUUAUUCUUUUGGUUGUCAGCAUCAGCCAGGUGGUCCUGCUGAGAAGCUUCUUCUCUGACAGGAAGACCACUACAACACGUGUCGGAUCAUAACAGUCUCUGAGCUCUGGGAUCUUUAUUCAUCACGUUCUUUCUUUACAUGAGCUUGUGUGUAUUGAGUUGCUUAGAAUAGCAGGGCUGAAUUGACAUUGGAUCAUAUCUAAUUGCCACCAUCUAAGGUCCUUUCGUGUUCAGUACUGCUCUUCUAAGAAAUUUAAUGCAACCAAGUCUUGCGCAAAAAGGUUGUGUGUUUAAAACGAUUGUGAGGUUAAAGGAAAACGGAAGAAAGGCUUGAUUGUGUUGCUUCUAAAUAUGUUUUUUGAGGCAGUUCAAGCAGCUGGUCAUAUAGUUUAAAAAAAAACAACAACUUACUUUUGAAUAUUGGAAUUUUCUCAAUGUGUUCCUACUUUAUUUGUGGCCUUUUUGCCCCCAUGAUCUCAUACCCUCUCUCCUUGAUCGGUUCCAUUUUCAGCCCAAACUUUGCACUGAAAUAACCAAGGUAGUGAAAGGUGUAACUGAAAGUAUUCAUAAUGUACAGUACCAUGCCAAAGUCUCAGGGCACCACCAGUCAUACAACACGUGUAUGUAAUGCUCAAUCAUGUGUUGAAUAAACCUGCCAUAUUAGACCUUUUUUCUCAGCAGAUAUUUAUCAACAUGGAAUAGUAGGACAAACGCAGAUUUUACCACAUUAAUUAGGGUUCCACUCCAGAUUUAAGAGAGUCAGGGUCGUGCUAUAGUGCUCAAGUGUAAGGGUAGGCCACACCAAACACUUGACACACUGGCCUGUAGAAGUUGUAUUUUUCUGGAAAAAGUGAUUUUGAAACCGCAUGCAUGUUUCCCAUGUUUACUGGACGUGUUCUAGUAAAGUGAUUGGGAAAUAAUUAUCAUACCAUAGACCAUACAGUAAUUGUACUGUAUGACCAUUGUGGUAUUGCUAAAACAAGAAAAAAAUGGUGGCCUAAGACUUAUGCACAGUAUUGUAGGUGUAAGAAUAUACAGUGGAUAUUUCUUUAUCUACAAACCGUUGGGUCACUAUCACUAAGAUUUGCAUUUAUUAUGACAAGAAAAUUCAUGUUCCAUGUUCUCAUUGUUAUUAAACCUUACCUUGUUUAGUGAGAAAGACUAGAUAUUGUGUUUGCUUUUACUAGUUUUGCCAUUUUAGAUUAGUUAUUGGAAGGGGGUAUGCUGUGCAGAGUAAAUUACUUCAAUAUUAACUUGAAGGAGUGAGCUAUUUUGUAUUUAAGCUAUUUUUAUUUGGAUUAAAGUACUCGCAUCGCCCAUUAAUUGACCCAAAAUACACCUACUUGACCACACCAAGGUGAAUCAUCACCCCUAAAUUAUAUUUGUUUGACUUAGUUUUAGGGAAACCUUUACUAUAUCUGAAAAAUGGCACAUUUUGUGGUAAUAGGCAAUGCCUAUUACCAAGCGCACCAUGUUGUUACAUAAACGGUCAGUCAUAGUUCCCAGCAAUGUUAUAUCUAGUGCUGCCUUUGCUAUUUAAAGUGCAACAACUUAUUUAUAUUGUGGGCUGAUAUUGUCCUUGUGGUUUUAUACAGUACUGUUGUAAAAUGUAUGUUUUUCUUUUGCAAAAUGUUGCUUAAAUUCAAUUCUAGUAUUUGUAAGUUGUAAUUUCAGAUGAUUUCCCCUCACCAACUACUUGGUUCUUCUUCAAACAAAAAAGAACAACAUUUUGGACAGAGUUGAUUUAAUUUGACAGGCACUCAUUUUUUUCUUUCAUCAGUUGAUUCCAUAAAUGGUUUUCAACAUGCAAGUUUCUUGAAAUUUUCAUUAAACAUUUGUAUGUGCAGGAAGCUACACAUUAA